ACUACAACAACCAUGAUUACCCCAGCACCGCCGCCGCGAACGCACGCCCUCCCCCCUCCAUUCUCGGAAUCCACCGAGCCCUUCACCCUCAUAACCCAAGGCGCCGAAGCUCUCCUCUACCGCACCACCUUCCUCACGCCCACCACGCCCGCCGCAUUGAAAGUCCGCCCCGCGAAACCAUGGCGACAUCCCACUCUCGAUGCUCGCUUGACCCGCCAACGAAUCCUCGCUGAAGCGCGCGUGUUGGUCAAAUGCCGGAAAGAAGGCGUCGCUGUGCCGGGGGUGUAUGCUCUGGAUUGGGAGGCGGGAUGGAUGAUGAGUGAGUGGAUUGAAGGACCGACUGUCAAGGCGGCGGUGAGAGGGAGAAGAGUGGGUGCGGAGGGAGAGGAAGAGGAGUUGAAAGGGUUGAUGAGGAGGAUUGGAACGGCGGUCGGGAGGUUGCAUGCUAUUGGCGUGAUACAUGGGGAUUUGACGACGAGUAAUAUGAUGUUACGAAGGGCCACUACUCGGGAUGGAGAGGAUCAGAUAGAGGGUGGGCUGGAAGGCGAGAUUGUGCUCAUCGACUUUGGCCUCGCGACGCAGGCGGUGCAGGAGGAGGACCGCGCGGUGGACUUGUAUGUUCUGGAACGAGCGUUUGGGUCGACGCAUCCGAGGGAGGAGGGGUUGUUCGGGGAGGUGUUGAGGGCGUAUGGGGAGACGAGCAAGUCGGCCAAGACGACGCUGAAGAGGUUGGAGGAUGUGAGGAUGAGGGGGAGGAAGAAGAGUAUGCUGGGGUGA